AUGGGCUCCCUCUUCAUCCCCAUUCUACAGAAGGGGAAACUGAGGAAUGAGGCACCUGACCAAGGUCUGUUGGAAGAUGGACCCCAGAACACCAGGGCCUCUGCCUGUCGCCGGCCGUGCCCUGCAAACUCCUCAUGUGUCAAUGGCACUUCCUGUCGCUGUGAUCCAGGAUUCAGAACUCCAUCUGGGAAGAUCAUCACCAACCACGGGGAGGCUUGUGAAGACAUGGAUGAAUGUGAACUAGGGAAGCCAGGGACUCUCUGUGGAAGAUUCGCAGACUGCCAUAACACGGUGGGGAGCUACUACUGCACAUGUAGCCAAGGAUACAGGCCUGUUUCUGGGGCAGCAAACUUCAGUAACGCGAGAGAGAACACGUGUGAAGACAUGGACGAAUGUCUGAACCCCAGAAUCUGUAAGAGCCGCAGCAACUGUGUCUACACCCAUGGCAGCUACACCUGCACGUGCCCACCAGGAUUUGAGCUGAACCCAGAGGACCCGAAGCUGUGCACAGAUGUGAAUGAGUGUAUCUCAGGGCAAAACCCCUGCCACAAAACCACCCAAUGCCUCAACAAUGUGGGCAGCUAUAAGUGCAGCUGCCGCCCUGGCUGGAAGCUAAUUCCUGGGUCCCCCAAUGGCCAAAUCAACAAACUGUCCCUGGAGGUGAAGGAGCAAGGAGACAAGAAUGUCACCCUGAGUGUUCAUCAGGUGAAGAUGCUGGUGAACUGGGAUGUGGUGCAGAACUCAGGUGGCUCAGGCCCUGCUGUGGUGGGCCUUGUCUCCUCUCCAGGGAUGGGCAAGUUGCUGGUUGAGGCCCCCUUGGUCCUGGAAACUGAGGAGCAGUCAGUUCUGCAUGAGACACACAAGGGCCUGCUGCAGGAAGUCUCCCCCGUCCUGCUCUCAGAUGUCAUAUCUGCCUUUGUGAGCAACAAGGACACUCAGAACCUCAGCUCUCCAGUCACCUUUGUCUUCAAGCAUGUGAGUGCUGAUGAAACGAGGUUGCCAAAGUGGAAGGUGUUCUGUGUCUUCUGGGAGCCUGGCCAGAAUGGAAGUGGUCAUUGGUCCACCAAAGGCUGCUGGAGGGUGGGUACUAUAGACACCAGCACCACCUGCCAGUGCAGCCACCUCAGCAGCUUUGCCGUCCUCAUGGCCCACUAUGAUGUGCAGGAGGAGGAUCCCGCCCAGGCUGUGAUCACCUAUGUGGGGCUGAGCCUCUCUCUACUGUGCCUCCUCCUGGCGGCCCUCACCUUCCUGCUGUGCAAAGCCAUCCAGAACAUCAGCACCUCACUCCACCUGCAGCUCUCAAUCUGCCUCUUCCUGGCCCACCUGCUCUUCCUCACGGCCAUCGACAGAACUGAGCCUAAGGUGCUGUGCGCCAUCAUCGCGGGCGCCUUACACUACCUCUACCUGGCUUCCUUCACCUGGAUGCUGCUGGAGGGCCUGCACCUCUUCCUCACCGCGCGCAACCUGACGGUGGUCAACUACUCCAGUGUGAGCAGGUUCAUGAGGAAGGUCAUGCUCCCUGUGGGCUACGGAGUCCCAGCUGUGAUUGUGGCCAUUUCUGCAGCAUCCAGGCCUCACCUUUACGGAACACCUUCCCGCUGCUGGCUCCACCCAGAAAAGGGAUUUAUAUGGGGCUUCCUUGGACCAGUCUGCGCCAUCCUCUUUGUCAAUCUAGCUUUCUUUCUGAUGGCCCUCUGGAUUUUGAAAAGCAAACUCUCUUCGCUCAACAGUGAUGUGUCCACCCUCAAGAAUACAAGGAUGCUGACAUUUAAAGCGAUAGCUCAGCUCUUCAUCUUGGGCUGCACGUGGUGUCUGGGAAUCCUGCAGGUGGGUCCAGCUGCUCACGCCAUGGCCUAUCUCUUCACCAUCAUCAACAGCCUGCAGGGCGUCUUCAUCUUCCUGGUGUACUGUCUCCUCAGCCAGCAGGUCCGGGAGCAAUACAGGAAAUGGUUGAGAAAGGUUAUGAAAAUCAAAGUGGAGUCUGAGCAAUACACCCUCUCCAGCGGAUACUAA